AUGUUCUACCAAAACGGAAGAUUACUGCAAGAGCCCGAAUACAACCCCCGAACAACGAAAUGGGUGAAUGUAUUCUUCAACAUGCAUGACUACCGAUGCGACGACCUCACCAUCAUGCGCACAGUCCUCACCUGCAUCCGCACACGAGUCGUCAGUAUCACCGGCCAUGCUAUGCACCACGAUGUCCCGCUCUGCAUCUCGAUCCAGGUCCCCGGAGAACAUGUCGAUAAGGAGUCGAUUCUUGCUGCUGCAGAGGUAUCGGCGGAAUGUCUUCGAGCACAGGUUGCUAGGGGGGUCUGUCCAUAUUAA